AGACCUCGCACGCGGCUACCCCGCCCGCAGCGUGGGAGCCGCCCCUUCCCCACCGCCACGCGGUCGGUGCUUCCGCGUGAUAUCUUCACCUCUGGGCGGAAGGCCUCUCGGGGCUGGCUUCCGGAGGAAGCACCCGCCUCGCCAAGAUGGCGGCGCCCAGGUGUCCGUGAGCAGGGGUGAGGUGACUGCCGCCCAGGGCCGCGGCGGGCAGCGGCUCCCUAUGGCGCUGAGCGGCCGCCGCGCACUGCUGCUGGCGGCCGGCAGGCUCCAGACACGCGGGGCGGGUAAGCCCAGCCCCUCGGCGGCUCGCCGUGCCGGCCUUUCCCGAGGUCUUUGUUUUGCAUCAACUACAACCAGUCUCAAAACUGAGACUGAAGUGGACACAAGUGAAAAUGAGGUUGUUGCCCCAGACUUCACUAACAGGAAUCCUCGGAACUUGGAGCAGCUAGCCCUGGCUAGGAAGGAGCGUGGCUGGAAGACAACAUGGCCAAAGCGUGAAUUCUGGCAUAGAUUACGGCUUGAGCGGACACAGCAUUAUGUAGAAGCCUUCGUUGAGCGCUGUAACGGGGAUGUUGUGGUAUCUGCCUCUACCCGAGAGUGGGCCAUAAAAAGACACCUUUACAGUCCUAAGGGAGUAACAGCAUGCAAAAACCUUGGCCGUGUAAUGGCGCAGCGCUGUUUGGAAGCGGGGAUCAACUUUGUGAACUUUAAAGCUGUUAUCCCCUGGGAAUAUCGUUGCGACUCGAUUCAGGAAUUUGAGAAAGCUAUGGAGGAGGGUGGUGUUGUUCUGCGUGAGCCACGAAGAAUCUAUCAGUAAAAUGGAGACUGUUGGGAGAACUUCCCAAGGAACAGCAAUCACUUCUUCAGAUGUGUAUACUGGCACAGCGAAGGUCCAGAGCUGGAAAAAGUUGGAACAUGGCAUCUAAUAAUAAAAUAUUUUUGAAUGCA